AUUGGUCCUUACUUUGCAGUAUGCACAGUUUCUUGUCUUAUACAAGGCUCUCAACCGCAGAGAGCAAAUAUGGCACGUUCUAUGGUUGCAUUCCGAAACAGCAAAGGUGGCCACAGGCUCUGUGCAAAUGAAGCAGAGCUCCCCUUCGUCUUCUUCUUCUUCUGGUACAGAUUUCUGUUGCUUGGACGUAUCCAUUGAGAUGGAUUAUGAGUAAUCACAGAACAAAGUUGACUUUGCGAUUAUCUUUAAUUUUUAUUUUUAUUUUAUUUUGGCGGAGCACAGUCCAAGCAGGUGCUUUUGGCUUCACACUCAAUCUAAAGUGAAGAUUGUUACCAUCUGAUUAUAAAUGCAGCAGUAUCCACCACGGCCUCCUCCGGGCCAUCCACUUCGUAGUAUUCCAGGCCAAACACCACCGCCAUAUGGCCAACCUCGGCCACAAACUCCUCCAUCAAUGGUGAGGCCACGCCCUCCCCCAUCACCUGUUCAAUCGAUGCAGAACCAAUUUGAGUCCACGUCUAUUUCUUCCAAUUCCCCUGGACAGAAAAGUAAUCGUGCAAAAAGAGUAUUUCAUCCCGAUGGAUCUCCCCAAGGCGCUAUUCGACCGCCUGUUGGAACAGUUCAUUCCUCACCGCAAGUACCUGGUGUACGACCUCUCAUGCCUCAAGGUCCUUCGGUGCCAUCGGUCGCUCAGCCGCAACCCCUUCCACAGCAACCAAAAUCUCGGAUAGAUCCCAAUCAAAUUCCAAGUCCUAUUCAAGUUCAGGAUCAAGAUCAACAAUUAUUUGCUGGACAGGAUUAUGGAACAUGCUCAAAGACUUCUGUUCCGUUGGCCACCACUCAGGUUCGCGUAGUUGAUCAAGGAAAUUGCAAUCCAAAAUUCAUGCGUAUCAACACUACUCAGAUACCCAUCAACGAUGAAUUGGUUGAAAAAACGCAUAUCCCCAUGUCUCUGAUCGUACAACCCUUGGCUAAGCUUCGACCAGAUGAAGACCCUGUGCCAGUCAUUGAAAUGCAAAAGGAAGGUCCUGUUCGAUGCAGACGAUGUAAAGGAUAUUUGAACCCUUGGUGCCUUUUUGCAGAUGGCGGAAGGAAGUUCGUCUGCAAUUUGUGUGGAUUUGACAGUGAUGUUCCUGAUGAAUACUUUUGCAACUUGGAUAUGACAGGGAGACGAACUGAUUAUGACUAUCGACCAGAACUUCGUUAUGGCACUGUCGAGUACAUUGUUCCCGAGGAAUAUUGGACCAAAAAACCACAUCCUAUCCGCUAUCUCUUUGCCAUUGAUGUGUCCAUGACUGCUGUGCAGAGUGGGAUGCUUGCGUCAUUUUGCCAAUCCUUGAAUGACAUUUUGUAUGGAGAUCACGCAGGAAAUGGUUUACCCGAGGGUGCAAAGAUCGGUCUGGUCACCUUUGAUCGCAACAUUCAUUUUUAUAACUUGAAGGCCAAUUUGGAACAAGCACAAAUGAUAGUCGUUUCUGACGUUCAGGAUGUUUUUGUCCCGCUACACGACGGUUUGUUUGUGGAUCCAGAAGAGUCCAAGACGGUCAUUCAAGAUUUAUUAGUCAACCUACCCAACUUUUACGCUGAAACCAGAGUGGUAGACGUGGUUUUUGGCUCAAUUAUUGCAACUGCCUUGAGUGGCAUGGAAAGCGGAGGAAAGUUAAUAGUAUUUUCCACCUCCAUACCAAAAAGAGGACUGGGGGUUCUCCAAGCUCGAGCGCAAGUCAACAACAACUAUGACGAAGAAAAGUCAUUGCUCAUGCCUAUCGGUACAGCCUAUAACACAUGGGGCGUUGAUCUUGUGAAUGCUGGCAUCUGCGUUGAUCUCUGGUUUUUCCCUGUUCGUAGUCUCUUAGAAAUGACGACAGUUAGUCAACUGGCAUCCAUGACUGGCGGCGAUAUACACUAUUUUCCAAACUUCAAUCCGAUCAAGGAUACUAUCCAGAUAACCCAUGAUUUGCGACAUGGUUUGGCUCGAGAAGCAGGUUAUAAUGCUGUGAUGAGAAUUCGGUGCUCUAAUGGUCUCACCAUUCAUCAACAAUUUGGUAAUUUCCACAUGAAGAAUAGUACGGACAUUGAAUUGGCUGGCAUCGACCAAGAUAAGGCCAUUGCAUUUGUUGUGAAGCACGACGAAAAGCUGGAUGCAAAGCUUGAUGCUUCAUUCCAGUGUGCUAUGCUAUAUACCACUGCGACUGGCCAGCGAAGAGUAAGAGUGAUCAACCUUAGCUUACCCGUGACUGAUAACAUUGGGAAUGUCUUCCGAAGCGCACAGAUGGAUGUAACCCUGAACCUCUUAAUGAAGCAAGCUAUCACUUUGGCAGGAAGCAAAUCAACUCAGAUGUUGCGCGACGAGUUGGCAGACAAGUGUGUAAAAAUCCUGUCGGCCUACCGAAAACACUGUGCGCUUUCCAGCUCUCCUGGUCAAUUGAUCUUACCCGAUUCAUUCAAGCUACUCCCACUUUACACGCUUGGCAUGCUUAAAUCGGUGGCAUUAAAAGCCAACCCUAACCUCAGUAUCGAUACCCGAGUUCACCAAAUGAAAUUAACCAAGAGCCUGGGAAUUCUUGACCAAAUGGUGCUACUCUACCCGCGAUUGAUCCCCAUUUCUCAUUUAGCUCCAGAGCACGGCCAACCCGACGCUUCCGGCAACGUUCAACUUCCAAGUUCAAUGAGAUUAUCUUAUGAAAGACUGCUUCGAGAUCAUGCUUACUUACUCGAAAAUGGCCAGGAUCUCUAUAUAUGGCUUGGCCGGGAUAUUUCGUCUGACUAUCUCCAAGCUGUAUUUGGCACGGACGAUCUCCAGCAUGUCGACCCAAGACAGUACAUUAUGCCCACACUCGAUACUGCGCUAUCAAGGCAAACCCGCGACGUUAUUGGGGCGAUCCAGGCUCAACGUGCUUGGAAAAUGCCGGUGCACAUUGUACGACAGCAGCUGGAUAUGGAGCUAGAGUUUGCCAAUCUACUCACUGAAGACAAGAACAAUGAACAAAUGUCUUAUGUCGACUACCUCUGCGUAGUUCAUCGUCAGAUCCAAAAUGAGAUAACGCAAGAGAAACAAGAUAAUAUCAUGGCUAGUGCCAGUUAUUGGACGCAUCGAUUUUAGUUGAGAAAGAGGAAGAUAGUUGUGGUUUUAUAAAAGUUGAGAUUAAAUCGACCGCUGGCGAUUGAGAAUCCAGAAAAUUGGAGUGAAAAGGAGAGAGGAUCCUCACCAAAAUGUUCUGGCUUGAUUCCAUCAUCACAGCUCCAAAUAAAAUAAUGUGGUGUGUGUAUUUUUUAUUUUGUCCAUGCCAACCCACGCAAAACCUGCCCCCC